GAGAUCUGAUCCUGCAAUCAAUGAGGUGAUCAUUCAAAUGGAGACUGGUCAAACUCCACCUUCCCGUCUUAAGGUUGAACUGCCUGAACUCCCGUUGCUGUUGCGUGAGCUCAACCGGCUGGAGCUACACAAUGGAGUGCUCUAUCGAAGGAGACAAGAUGGGCCCAAUAUCAUCUUUCAGCUAGUGCUUCCUGAGGAGCUAAGAUCAGUAGCACUAAAAAGCCUCCAUGAUGACAUGGGCCACAUGGGAGUUGAGCGGACUGUAGAUCUAGCCAGAGCCAGAUUUUAUUGGCCAAAGAUGUAUAUGGCUAUUGAAAAGAUGAUUGGAACUUGUGAGCGUUGUGUACGCAGGAAGUCUCCACCUGAGAGAGCCGCACCACUGAUGAAUAUAAAGACAAGUAGGCCUCUUGAAUUGGUGUGUAUGGAUUUCUUGUCCUUGGAACCAGACCGAUCCAACACAAAAGAUAUUUUGGUUAUCACGGAUCACUUCACUAAGUACGCUGUAGCUGUGCCAACACCCAACCAGCGAGCUCGCACCGUAGCAAAGAGUCUGUGGGAGAAUUUCAUAGGUCAUUAUGGCUUUCCAGAGCGACUACAUAGCGACCAAGGCCCCGACUUUGAGUCAAAGACUAUAAAAGAACUCUGUGAGCUCACUGGCACGAAGAAAGUGCGUACAACUCCAUACCAUCCGAGAGGAAAUCCGGUUGAGAGAUUCAAUCGCACUCUCCUCCAAAUGCUUGGUACACUAAGUCAUCAUGAAAAACAGCACUGGAAAGACUUUGUGAAACCUCUUGUCCAUGCGUACAAUUGUACGAAAAAUGAAGUGACAGGAUUCUCCCCCUAUGAAUUGAUGUUUGGGAGACAACCAAGGCUUCCAAUCGAUCUAGCCUUUGGGUUGCCCAUCAACACUGACAAGAAGUCACAUUCUCAAUAUGUCAGUGACUUGAGGUUUCGCUUGGAAGAGAGCUACAAGAUCGCUACUUCUAAUGCACAGAAGAAUGCAGAUCGCAAUAAAAUGCGAUUUGAUAAACGGGUCGUCAAUUCAACCCUGGAGGUGGGUGACAGAGUUCUUGUCCGCAAUGUCAAGUUGCGCGGAAAGCACAAACUAGCGAAUAAGUGGGAGGAUGAUGUGUACAUUGUUGUCAAGAAAGCUGGUGACUUACCGGUCUACACAGUUAAGCCUGAAAGCAAAGAUGGACCUGUGCGUACUGUACAUCGCGACCUGCUCCUUGCUUGUGGCUUUCUGCCAGCAACAACUCUGACGGACGAGCCUCCCAAACAACCAUCAGUCAUGAGACGGAGGACAAGACAGAGUCCCAUCAAUGAGGGUGAGGAGGAGGAGUUUUCUGACUCAGAGGAUAUGCCUGCUUGGAUAUCUGUUCAUCUUCCUACCCAAGAACCUGAUGUGUUAAUCACUGUUCAUGAGACUCACGAGUUGAGCAAUCCUUGUGAGACUACACAAUGUAAUGCACCUGAUGUGUUUCCUACUCCUGUACCAUCUGUGGUUAAAUCCCUUGCAGAGGACAGUGACAAAGAAUCCACACAGAACUUACCUGAACCUCCGGAGCCAGAGAUUCAAGAGCCAGAACUUGUCAACUUACCUGAACCUGUGAACUCACCUUGUGGAGAUAUCCCACCUGAACAUGACGAUUUACCUGAAUCUGACACCUUACCUGUUGAUGAUCCUCUGAACACAUGUCAGCAGCCACCUGAGUUGUCGUCUCACAUUAAUGAGGAAUUCCCUGUGUUGCCAGAAACAACAUCCCCGGAAGAGGAGGGAUCUGAAAUGGCAAGCACUGUAACUGAACAGCCUAAACCAGCAGAAGCACAGAGUGACGGACCCCAAGUUGCUCAAACCCCUCUUCGUCGCUCUCAUAGAACACAUGGAAAGCCUGAGAGAUUAAACUACACAAGAUUAGGUAGCCCUUUAUUGUUUGUGGCGAAUGCCCUCUUCCAAGGUCUGAGUGAGGCGUUUGCAAGUUCCCUUCAGGGAUUUGAUUACUCAGACAUACAGCCACAACCAUCUUAGGCACUAUAAACAAACUUGUGACUCCAUCGUCACCCUGCAUAUGCACAGGGACGUGCAUACCUUCAGAAGGGGAGGGUGUAACACAGAUGAAAUGAUCUAGGUUUAAAAAUAGGAAAAGCCUAUAAAAAUCUGAAUGAGUGAUUUUAUUUUUGAAAUGCAACUUUAGAGAUUAUCUAAGGAUUUUAAAGGGUUAAAAUUCAGUUACCAGGGCAAAAUAGACCGACAGGUUAGUUUGGCCAAUCGGCUGACAGCAGGUAGGCCCGCCCACCUGCUCCCGCGUCUCUGGGAGCGAGCGAAAGUUUUUUUUUCCCCGCUGCUGUGUGUGUGGAGAGACAGAAGUGCUGCUGUAGAGGGUGAAAACGGAGAAACCUGGAGAAAAUACAGCUAAAAAACGAACUACACUGAGGCUAACUUCAACACUACAAACGUGGUAGUUAACUGCUGUGAGAGUUUAGUUGUAAGUUCAGUGUUUAGAUAUAGCGCUUGAGACGACUACUAGCAGCGUCGGUAGCUUUGAUGUCCGUAGGAUUUCCCGCGACGCGCAGUCUUUGCUGAUUCAAGAGCGAGGUAAUUCAUUUAAAACUGCUUUUGUUCAUUCUUUAUCACCUUACUGUGAAAGCUAAUUUAUUUUGCACUGAGAGAAAGUACUGAAAGUCGCAUACGGUCUCGUAUGUUUCGGUUUUAGAAGACCUUGUGGCUUUACUGGGCGCCGCCAUUUUGGGUGUGUGUCCAGCCGCUCUGGUGAAAUCGGUCAGGUUUUUUUUGUGUGCGUGCUUCUUUUUCCAUUGUCUGGAUUGGAUCUGCGGAUGAAAAUUGAUGGCGAGCCUCCCUCUUGAAUGAUCGUGGGAGCCAUUCCCUCUUCAGGAUCACUGGACCUGUCCCGCUACUACUGCACUUUGCGGUGUGGUAGGCCCCACUACAACACAAAACCCCUUCACUCACCUUCACACUCCUUCCCCCACACACAUCCAUACACCAACCCUAUGGAACUCUGAACUCUGACUUACCUUCGACAAAUCCAUUUUUUGUUUGGACUUUGGACUCACUUAAACAAACUCACCUGUUCACACCUUGGGACUGAGAAUUUGGAGCUGAGUAGUAGGAAUCAUUCCUGCAAUUAAGGGUUACUGUUGUACUGUGUGAAUUCCAUUGGAUUGUAUUAUUGAACUGGAUCUGAACAAACUUGAAUGUGGUGUUAUUAACAGAAAUUCAGGUUAAAGGGUGCACCCGGGAAUUUAAUUAUAGAACUACUUCAAAGAGUGAAAUACUCACUUUAAAUUUGGAAAGCAAGCAUUUCAUGCUGAUGUCAUAGCCUGAUUGUGAUAUCAAUAAUUGCCUUAUUCAUUGCUUGUUUUAUUAUUGUACUUUUUCAUUUUUGGUACCAACAAAUAUUUUUAUUUUUAUACAUAUCUUCAAAUAUAAGAAGCCGGCAUUAUCCUACAUCUAA